AGGUUUUUGUGGAUCAAGGUUGGAGGGAUCGAAAUUUGCGGUCCACUUGAAAGCAAGAUGAGGUAAGCAUGCUCGGAAGGGCGUACUUCGCCCUUGUCAUAAUUUGCAGUGCCCUUCUUUCGUUUGCGAGCCAAUGUCAUCCUUUGCUGCCACCGGGGGUUCUUUUGGGAGCCUCAUUGCUCCAAGACCAGGAGCCGGCCGACACAUGCAAUGCAACGAGCACCACCUCCACAAAAACAGGCACAACCACAUCGAGCACAUCUUCGACCACAACUCUGAGUACAACUACUGGAACAAGCAUUACCAUGACGUACACGAACUAUUCCAAUGCCACAUCCACCACAUCGACCAACACCAGCACCACAACCAGCGGAACUUCAAGCACAACAACCAGCAGCGCCACUACGACGAGUAGCAGCACCUUGAGCACCACCAGCUCUACUUCUAGCACAACAAGUUCCACCACCUCCAGCCGAACUCAGACUUCGACGACAAGCACCAGUUCCACCAGCUUGACAACCACGUCAAGCACUCGGACAACAACAUCCGUCACCAGUAGUUCCACAUCCACUGCUACUCUCACCAGUUCCUCGAGCAGUACGUCCUCCAGGAGCAGCACCUCAAGCAGUGAAACAUCCACCAGCACCACUUCGUCAACUUGGACCAGUUCCACAUCAGUGUCACAAACAGCCACAAGUACAAGCACCUCAUCGGUCACCAACACCACUAGCACGGUCACCACGACUUCAACCACCAGUACUUUCACGACGACCAGCCUUACCACGUCAACGGUGUCAACGUCAAAAACAACAUCCACUGUAAGCCAAACGUCUUCAACAACUUCCACGUUCACAUCUUCGACAACAGUGAGCAUAUCCACCACAUCCAUGACAACAACAAGUAGCAGCCUCCUCAACUACACCUUUGACAACACAAGCACGACCACAACGGCGACGAAUACAACCACUUCCACGACAGGUACAGAAACAACCUCCACACUCUCGAGUGUGACUGAAACUGCCACCAGUCGCACUGCGUCGACCACGACGACUUGGAGCACCAGUAGCACCACCAGUAGCACUACAACCUCUAGCACAAGUUCAUCAACCUCUGUCACCGGAACAUCAACGUCUCUCACAACUUCUUCAACCACUGCAACAUCAACAACUACGACGUCCACAAGUUCCACGUCCACCAGCUCCACAUCGAGGUCUUCAACCUCCUCCAGUAGUUCCAGCAGCUCCACCUCCACCAGCUCCACGACAACAACAACCACCUUGAAAUUCUGCGACACCCGAGAUAUUUGGCCUGGUGUUCCGCUCUUUACUGGAAGUUCCUGCAGUUCUGUAGGAAAGGGAGGCUUUUGCUCGUUGACGUUGGUGGAUCUGUGGGCUGAAAGCAUCCAGGAGUGUUACGCCCCAGGCCUGGCGGAGUUCUUUUGCCCAAUGGACAACGACAUUACGCUAAUGCCGAUGUCCAACAAUUUGCUGUGCAAAGUUUGCAGCGUUGGGACCUUCAUGGAUUCAGAUCCUCAAUUUGGCGUCGUGACCGGCAAGAUCCAUUUUGGUCCGAACCAAAAAGAUGGCUUUGUUGACGAGAGCCUCUUGUGGGGCUAUCGUCUCAGUUUCAUUGACGACUGUGGAGCAGACUUGGGCGAAAUUGGCAAGGUGGCGAAGAGUGAAGAUUUUCAGGCGAUUUGCUGCGAUCCUGAGCGCUACAGUUUCCACUUGGAGUCAGUCCCUGUGCCUCCAGGUGCUACCGCCAUCAUGAUCGCUCCUUACAAGGGCAACUGGCGCUUGCUGGGCGGUGUCAACGUCAGUGUGGUGGACUAUUACAUCUCGUCUACAACCACGACGAGCCUCACCCAGACCUCCUCGACUUCAUCCACAACGUCAACAUCAAACAGCACGACGGAAACACUCACGUCAGCAACCUUAUCAACAUCCAGUAGCACAUCAAGCUCCACAAGGAGCAGCAGCAUCACUUCGACAUGGACGCAGCUUUGGACUCAAACCACCACUGUCCUCUCCACCACUACCACAUCGACGCCAAGUACCAAAACCAGUUCCGCUCGACGGGCGGCCGUUGAUUGGCUGGUACCUGUGUGCCUGCUAGCUGCUUCCAGCAUCUGAAGGUGCAAUCAGUGUGUAAUCUCCCCAAAAGUUGAGGCGGCCUCUACGGAGCGCAGCGCUGAUGAAAGCGGUUUGUCCUUUUUGGGGUAUUAUCAAUCAUCCAUCUCUGAAAGAAUCGUGUGUAUGGCCUUUGGUGGGAGAAGCGGAUAGACAAUGUUUCAAUAUCCGCCUGUUUCACGUCAAGCAGAUCAGAGACCACGUCAAGCGUGAUGCCAAAAGGGCAGCCAAUGCGGUCACAAUCACAUAGCGUGAACCGAGAGGGAUGCCUCGAAUCACUGGCAUGCCUGGCCAUGCUUGGUGA